AUGAAAAUAUUUGAAAUAGAACGUGAUCUUCUUCUUCAAACAUGUGAUACAAUUGAUCGUAUUAAAUUUUAUUUAUCUGAUCGUCUUCUUGAAAUGAAAGAUUCUUAUUGUAUUUAUUUAUCAACAGGUGAAGUUUUAUUUUAUAAAAUAAAAAUGAUUUAUUUUAUAUUUAUUUUUUUCGACAACUGUAAAUCAUCAGAUCGUUUAUCUAGUUCACUUUCAUCAUCAUCAUCUAAUGGAACAAAUAAUCAAUAUCAACAACAAUUAAAAGCAAAAUAUGAUCGUAUUAAACAAUUAGAAAAAGAAAAACGUGUUCUAUUAAAAGAAUUAGUUGAGAUGAGACAUCAACAUAGAACAGUUAUUUCAGCUAAAAAUUUAUAG